UGGGAGGAGACCGUCGUGCACAAUGCGCAUGUGCAGACGGUGAGAUCUGUGCUGCGGUGGAGCAGGGACUGGACACACACCGCUAGAGAGAUGGCGCGGCACCCGACCGGAGCGCAAGGACAGCUGGUUGGCGACGGGGGGGCUUGAAUUACAAAGAAGAAGAAAAAUAUAUGGUUUUAAAAGCAAAAAAAAAAAAAAAAAAAAAGGCAAAAAAAAGAGAAAAGGAUAAACACAAGCAUAUUUAGAUAUAUAUUUAAAGAAGAAGAAUAACAGGUUGUGAAGAGACAUUUCAUUCUUGGAGAGCGGCGGCAGAGAGGUAGGAGAAUAAUCGAAUAUUGUAACACAGAGGGAUCUGGAGAGGUGGCUGCUGCACGGAAGACACCAAAAAGCAACAAAAGCAAACUGAACUUUACUGGACGCGUGGACUUCCUUUACGUCGGCUUACGGCAGUAGGUCAGAUAGAUGGUUUGUUCACAGCGCUGCCCGGAUCAUGAACGCGCAGCUGUCGAUGGAGAACAUAGGCGACCUGCACGGAGUGAGCCAUGAGUCCGUCGCCGGCCACGGAGAGCUGCUGAGCGGCCACAGUCCGCACUCCCGCCCGAGCCCGCGGGGUCUGAGCCACCGCGCUAUGGGCAUGGCCACCCUACUGGACAGCGGAGACUAUCACCCCGGGCACCCGGGACACCUGCAUCCAGCCAUCAGCAUGUGCGAAGCCCCCCACGGCAUGAGCGCGAGCACCACUUACACCACCCUGACCCCCCUGCAGCCCUUACCUCCCAUCUCUACCGUGUCAGAUAAGUUUCCCCCCCAUCACCACCACCACCACCAUCCCCACCAUCCGCACCCGCACCCGCACCAGCGGCUCCCCGGGAACGUCAGCGGCAGCUUCACGUUGAUGCGGGAGGACCGCAGCUUGGCGCCCAUGAACAGUCUGUAUCCCGCGUACCAUCACAAAGACCCCUGCAUGGGCCAGAGCCUCUCCCCGCUGUCUGGUUCUGGACUGGCCAGCAUACACACGUCUCAGGCCGGCAUCCCUCCAUACGCUCACCCCGGCGCCGCCAUGCCCGGCGAGAAGAUGCUCACGCCCAGCGGGUUCGAGGCUCACCAUCCGGCCAUGCUCAGCAGACACGCCGAGCAGCACAUGACCUCCUCCGCCGGGAUGGUGCAACUCAACGGCCUGCAUCAUCACCCGCACGCCCACCUCGGCGCGCAGGGCCACGGCCAGGGGCUGGGUAGCAAUCGGGAGCAGGCCUCCGGGCCUGGGCACCAAGGUGGCGGCGGAGGAGGAGGAGGCGGCGGCGGUGGUGGUGGUGGUGGUGUUUCUGGGGGACAGAUGGAGGAGGUGAAUACCAAAGAAGUCGCGCAGAGGAUCACCACGGAGCUGAAGCGCUACAGCAUCCCUCAGGCCAUCUUUGCUCAGCGGGUCCUGUGCAGGUCUCAGGGGACCCUGUCCGACCUGCUGAGGAACCCCAAGCCCUGGUCGAAGCUCAAGUCCGGCAGAGAGACGUUUCGUCGCAUGUGGAAGUGGCUGCAGGAGCCUGAGUUCCAACGCAUGAGCGCACUCAGGCUCGCAGGUGAGCGAAGCCUCGCGUGCAAGCGCAAGGAACAGGACCACGGCCGAAGCGAGCGAGGGAACGUGACCAAGAAGCCCCGGCUGGUGUUCACGGACGUGCAGCGGCGGACGCUCCACGCCAUCUUCAAGGAGAACAAGCGUCCGUCCAAGGAGCUGCAGCUCACCAUCGCCCAGCAGCUGGGCCUCGAGCUGGCCACGGUCAGCAACUUCUUCAUGAACGCUCGACGCCGGAGCCUGGACAAGUGGGUGGACGACGGUUCCGGUCACGCAGCCAACUCGGGGCCCAACGUCUGCACCAAAGCCUGAAGUCGGACUGAACCUGACCAACUCAUGGACUGACUCAACCUCGGUGGAAAAGCUUUAAAAUAAAAAUAAAAAACACUUCUGAGAAACAAAGAAAACUUAAAAGUCCUUGAAGCAACAUUUUGCCCUUAAACCUGUACUAUAUUGAUAUUUAUAGUAUCCAAAGAUGAAAAGCAAACCAAAGACUUCUUGUUUGACCUGCUUUACGAUGUUUGUUUCAGCGACACAGUUUUUGUGUAACAUACUGCAAAAAGACUUUACUCUCUUUCACACACACGCGCGCGCGCACGCACACACACCCCAACAUGCAGACGCACUCACAAAUACACGUACACACCCAGGUCUUUAGCUUUAUUACACCCCCCCUUCACCUCCCUUCUGUGUAUCAGUCUAUCAUUUGCCAUCCUUAUCUCUAAUCUGAUUGGUUGGUUUUAAUGAUGGGUCCCAUAAGAGGAGGUCUAAUCAGCCUAUCGGCAGUCUGGUCUGCAGCUGUCCACAGCCUGAGAAAAAAAAAAUUUAAAAAAGGAAAAAAAAAACAUGGAUGAAUGUGGAGUUCCAACGGGAUUGACCAACCAACUUUAAAAAGAAAGAACAUUUUCAUCCUGUGGGGAGCGACCCGGAUUGUUCUGCAACCUUGUUUGGACCAGUGGCGUGGACUGUAUGUCUGUCUGUCUGUCUGUCUGUCUGUUUGUCUGUCUGUUUGUCUGUCUGUCUGUGCGAGUCGUCUGUCGUUCUGUCGAGCAUUCCAGACAGACGGGCGGGAGGGGCAAAGAAAUGUCUUUUCAUAGAGUGCUAACCCAAAUCCAAACAGCCUGAACCAAACCGAAAAGGAGAAGAAGAAAAAAAUGGAGCUCGGCCCAUUUAGUGGUGCUUUCUUCCAACAUGCUGAUGCGUUCAGCUGGGAAAAUAAAAGAAACCAAUCGGCAUCGAGCUUCUCGUGCCGCGCAAAAACGAAACCUACAAAGACCAAAGAAUAUAUUUAUUUAAAAAGUAAGUAUGGGCAAUUAUGGUAUUUUCUUGAUAUGAUAACAUUAAGUUUUAAAGUGUCCAUUGUAUUUGCAAAAAAUUUUUAUCAACAUUUAUUUCCAGAUUCAACUGCUUUUACUAAGAGCAAAAAAAAAAGACUUGACAUAGUGUUUAUAACACUUACUUUAAUGUGACCUAUAACAAUUAUUUAUUCAUGUUAGUUUUGAUACAAAAUACUUUACAGAAUUACAUGCUACGAAGGUAAAAACAGAUCUAUUUUGGGCCAUUUUACAAUGACUGUCUACGUUUUUUCAGUCAUACUAUUCACAAGCAGCUGAAUUUGUCUCGUUUUACAUAAGAAAAAAAACCUAGCCAGGCAGCAAUAGGUGGGGUAGGGGCAAAGCUGCAUUACUAUAUGCUGUGUUUCCCAAAGUUGGGGGUUGGGGACUGCAACGUGGGUCACAAAUCAACAAGUGUGGGAUCUUGGGAGUCCCUCGGAAAUCCGAAAAAUAUUACUGAUGAACCAUGUUUGUGGUAUAAGUCUUAACAGCAAUACCACUCAGACGUGCCUCGUAAUAAAAAAAAAAUACGUUUGCGUCUUUAAGCAUAAGAACGUCGCUGCUUAUUUUUCACAAAAUGUUUGUUUUGUUCAUAAAUCCUAAAACACAAACCUUCCCCCGUCACAUAAAAAACGUGAGCUAAACAGAGUCGCAUUGAAAUGAAUCAGUAGCUGCCACACGUUCAGCUCCGCUCGAUCUUCUAUGACGGUGUGUUUUCUCCACACAAACUGCUGGCUCCAGUGCGUGACAGAUAGCCUCGGACGUUUUUCUUUUUUUUUUUUUUAAGGACAAACUGCGUCACCGCUUUAAUAAUCAGGACUGUAGCGUCAGUCCAUCGUCGCCGCAUGCCUCUCAUGUGGAUUCGAUUUGAUCUCCUCAUCAAAGAUGUACAGCGGACGAGAUGAUAUCAAUGAUCGAAUCACUUUGGGGCGCUUACACGGCAAUGUCAACUCGUCACCUGAAUGCGAAAGCAUCUUUAUACGUCAGCUUGCUGCCAAGUCGUCCUCCCACCCUCUCACCCCGCCCUCACCUUCCCUGCAUUUCAGCACUCGGAGGAAAGCACUUCAUGGGCCUGGCUCUGGGGUGGCACAGCAUUAAAUGUAUUAAACUGAGCCCUCCCCCGCCCUCCCUUCUCUCGACUGGGGUUAGCAGAUGUACAUCCAUCACAACGAAUCUCUGAAGGAGAAGAGGCCUUCUUCUUCUUCGUCGUUGUCAUUAUCUCUCGAGAGAAAAACCAAAAAUAUGACAAAACAAUGUCUCAAGACCUGCUGAUGUUUUGUUUUUUGUUCUUUUUUUCCUUUUUUUUUUUUUUCUUAGUGUGAACCAAAGAUGCUACCUCACUCAAGUUCCAUACGUGAUUUCUAUCACUUUUGAUGAUACCAAAGAUAACCAAAGAUUUUUUCUAAUUGCACGGCCUCUGUGAGUGGUGUUCAAAGAAGUGUGAUGUAUGUGUCCUGUCCUCUUUUUAUUUAGCUCCCCCCCUCUCUCUCUCUCUCUCUCUCUCUCUCUCAUUCUCUCUGUUGCAUCUUCACUCCUGUUCUGUCCUGUCCUUCCUGCUCCAGACCCUCUGACCUGCAAUCAACCCAUGCGUCCUCUUUUUAUUUUGCUUCUUUUUUUCAUUUUUAUGCGUGCUCUUGCUUAAUUUGUGCUCCGACUACAGCGCCAUACAAAGCCCUGCUGAUGCAGGUAAAGGCAGACGUGCUGAUCCAGCCAUAGAUGCACACAACUGUCCAUGCAGGUGCCGGCAGAGUAGACUUGUAGUAAUGUGAUCUUUCUUAGUUAGUCUUUCUGCUUCUUCUUUUGAAGAACCCAGAUAAAAUUUAAAAGAGGUGCUUGAAUUUGAGUUUGUAGCUUUUUUUUUUUUUAAAUCAACAUUAAAUAGAAUGUUGAUUUAAACUAAAAUGUCAUGGAAAAGUGUUUGCUCCCUUCUUCCUGAUUUCUUCUGUUUUUGCUCUUUUUGUCACACUUAGAGGCUUCAGAUUGCCAACCUGAUUGGAUGAACACACACAACCGGAGUAAAUACAAAAUACAGUUUUCAAAAUUUUUCAAAAGUUAGAACGCUAUCCACAGUGACCUGGCCCUUUGUGGAGAUAGACUGCAUCUUAACCGUAGUAACUGAUUAUUCUGAACGCGUAAAUAGAAGAAAAAUCUUCACCUUCUCUUGUUUCCCCUGUGAGAACUUGGGAUUUCCAUGUACUGGACGUCUUGUGGUUACGGGCAACGAGUGUUUUGCGUCGUCACAGAGGACAUUCGACCCACUUUUCCUUGCAGAAUUUCUAAAACCUCCAUGGAGGACUUUAUAUCACAAACCGCUUGUUUUUGUCAGCAUUGCAACGGGAUGUGAGUCCAAACUUUGACUAGUCCACUCCAAAAAAAUUAAAUUCUUUUGGAGCCAUUCAGAAGUUCACUCGCUGAUGUAUUUCAGACCAUGUUUCUGCUGCAUAACCAAUGCAUGAUUGGCUCAUCUGUUGGGUUUUUGUUUUUUUUUUGUUUUUUGUGAAUUAGUCUUACACCAGCUGUCGCAGGACACGCACUUCCAAAACGUUUCAGUCUCGUCUCGUCCGUUCACCGAAUACCCAGAAGUCUCGAGGAUCAUAAAGAUGUUCUCAUCUGAAAUGUGUGCACUGGAGUCCCAAACCACCAGGAAUGACUCUGGAUCCCUUUCCAUACCUAUAGAUGUCAGUGAUUUUUUUCUUUCUUGUGGCUCAGAUUGGGGCAUUACGCAUCUUUUUACACAUUCUAUUGAUCCUAUAGAUCUGGUAGCCUGGACUGAAGUUAAUGGAAUUGAACCAUAUUUUGUUUGGUUUGGAAAGCUUUUGUUUCUCACUGAAUAAAAUCAUCCUUUCGUCACUUUCCUAAAAUAAUAGCCCAAGUCAUUUUUUGCCAAAAUUUUAUUUUAUUUUAUUUUUUGCCUUUUGGUAAGAAAGAGGUUCUGUUUUGUUUUGUGUCAAAAAAAAAAUAACCUUAGGCUAUUACUUUAGGAAGGUGACUAUUUGUAAACUCCAUUUUAUGUAAAAAAAAAAAAAAAAAAAAACUUUGAUU